ACUGGCACCACGUCGCAAACUAAUACAUUCAAGAAUUGCUAAGUUUUGCUUUUGCUUCAGUUCGGAAACUCGGGUCGGUCAUUUCCCGUGUGUUGUGUCACAAUGCUACCGUUGGGCUGUUCCUGUCAGCACUUGCGAAUCCUUCUCGGAACCAGCCCCUCACUUGCCUCGCGAACCUUUCCGAGCUGUCCUCAUUUAGCUUUUCUGGCCCCUUGUCUAACAUCUCUCCAGAAAUAUCACCACCCGGACAAUUCGUCAGAAAUACCUAGAGCACAUCUGUCACCAUGCCGAGCGUUUACCCAGGACUCGAUAUCCUCCAGAACACCUUUGGUAGUUCAUACCAGCCCAAGACCAAUGGCACAACUCCUCUCCAGGCUCGCACCGAUCUUUAUCCCGCAUACUCGAUAGUCAACGAUGCGAAGAGCAAGGCGAAGAAGCUGAGCGCUGAAGCCGCUCACGAGUUUGACGUUGCCAGCCAGAAGGCCCAGGCCAAGACAGGACACAUUCAGUUGUACUCCUCCCAAUACUAUGCCGCAUGCACAUUUGGCGGCUUGAUGGCCUGUGGCAUCACUCACACUGCAGUAACGCCCUUGGAUCUCGUCAAGACGAGACGCCAAAUCGACUCGAAGCUGUACAAGGGCAACUUCCAAGCUUGGGGUCACAUCCUCAGGCACGAAGGUGUUCGCGGCGUCUUCACCGGUUGGAGUCCGACCUUCUUCGGUUACUCGGCCCAGGGUGCGUUCAAGUAUGGCUGGUAUGAGUUUUUCAAGAAGAAGUAUUCGGACCUCGCUGGUCCGGAGAACGCGCACAAGUACAAGACAGCACUAUACCUUAGCGCGUCCGCCUCGGCAGAAUUCUUGGCCGAUCUCGCGCUCUGCCCCUUGGAGGCCAUCAAGGUUCGCAUGCAGGGUACCAUUCCGUCGCAGUACAAGGGCACCUUUGAUGGCUUCAGCCAGAUCACGGCCAAGGAAGGUUGGGGCGGUCUCUACAAGGGCCUCUACCCUCUCUGGGGUCGCCAGAUCCCUUACACCAUGAUGAAGUUCGCUUCGUUCGAGACCAUUGUUGAGAUGAUCUACGACCGUCUGCCCGGUUCCAAGAGCGACUACAGCAAGGCUGCCCAGACCGGAGUCUCCUUCGUUGGUGGUUAUGCUGCCGGUAUUCUCUGCGCCAUCGUUUCUCACCCCGCCGAUGUCAUGGUCAGCAAGCUCAACGCCUACCGUCAGCCCGGUGAGGGAAUGGGUGCCGUCACUUCGAGAAUCUACAAGGAUAUUGGCUUCAAGGGUCUCUGGAACGGUCUGCCUGUCAGAAUUGUCAUGAUUGGUACCCUUACCGGUCUUCAGUGGAUGAUUUAUGACUACUUCAAGGUCUUUAUGGGUUUCCCUACCACUGGUGGUGCCGCACCCCCCGCGGAGAAGCCUGCCCAGCAUUCUUGAGCUGCCAGAUAGAAUGAGUGAUAAUGGUGGAACGAAUCAGGGCAUCUUUAAUGUCGGAGUUUAGCCUGGAGUUACAGAUGCGUCUUUGUGUUUUAUAUCCUAGCAGUUGGUUAAUGCAUUCCGAACACCAUGUUGCCCUUCAUUUAGUCAAGAGUGUUUGAUGUGCCUUCUUUGUCCGUAUUGGUUGCUGUUUUUGAAACUGGAAGGAACGCACAUAGAGCUUAGAGGUACCUUCCACUUAUCGAUCCCCGGCAAACUGAAACCCAGGGCAACUACUUAACAAGUCAGGGAAGGAACCAGACAGUCCAACGUCCAUGCCGCCUGUUGACAACCAUAAGGUAACGCCGCAACACCCAACUUCCACUGAGGAUAGAGGGUCUCGUCUGAUCUUCCUCCCGUCCUCUCGUUCUCU